AUGCCAACACCCCGCCCGCGGGUACCCCAGGUAGCCAAUUUCAACCUCGGAACCUUAGUAGGACCUUGCGACCAAUUUUCGAUCCUUGAGCCCGAACACACCAUGCAGGUCCAGUCAAGUCCUCGAAUCAUAGUCGAUGAAAAAGACUAUUACGAUCUUGGCUCAUAUUCCAGACCAGUGACCACUUCGUCACCAUUGACCCAACUGUGGUUUAAUCGCGGUCUGAUAUGGGCAUACUCUUUCAACCACAGUGAAGCAGAGCGAUGCUUCCGGCGUGCAGCUGAGAGUGACCCCAGUUGCGCGAUGGCGCUGUGGGGAAUCGCAUAUGCAGCCGGGCCUAACUACAACAAGGCUUGGAGGUUCUUCGACCCCGAGGAUCGACGCGCUUCCAUUCAAAAGGUCAACGAGACUCUCAUUCGAGCUCGUGAGCUAGCAUGCCAGGCUACAGAAGUCGAGCAAGCGUUGAUCAAUGCAAUCGGCGCCCGUUUCCCAGCCGCCGAUAAUAUUCCUGAUGAUCUCGGCCCCUUCGACCGUGCGUAUGCAAAUGCCAUGCGCGACGUGUAUAAGAAGUUCCAUACCGAUAUUGACAUCGCUGCACUCUUCGCUGAGUCACUGAUGUGUAUCACCCCACGCGGUCUGUGGGACUUGGACACCGGCAAGCCUACUGGAGACCACACCGUUGAGGCUCGUAACGUGAUUGAGCGAGGACUGAAGGAUGACGCCGGUCGCAAUCAUCUCGCCCUAUGUCACUUGCAGAUACAUAUGUUGGAGAUGUCGCCGUUCCCGGAACUGGCUCUCCCGGCCGCAGAUCGAUUGCGUGGCAUGGUUCCGCACGCUUCGCAUAUGCUGCAUAUGCCUACGCACAUCGAUGCUGCGGUGGGCGAUUAUCGCCGUGGCGUUGAAUCAAACCACGAAGCAAUGCUGGUCGAUGACAUCUAUUUUGCCAAUGAGCCAGACACAAUUCGGUAUAUGUCUUACCGGGCGCAUUACAUCCGUGCAAAAAUGUAUUCCGCUAUGAUGUCAGGCCGCUUCAAAGACUCCAUUUCCGCUGCAGAGAAGCUCGAACAAAUCAUCGAUUAUGGGGUGCUGUCUGUGAAAAGCCCUCCGAUGGCAGACUCGAUCGAGAGCUUCGUGGCAAGCAAAGCACAUGUGCUGGUCCGCUUUGGACGCUGGGAAGACAUCCUUGAUUUAAAGCUCCCCGUCGAUCGUGAACUAUACUCGGCGACAACGGCGAUCAUUCUCUACGCCCGUGGAUUGGCAUUCAGCGCACUGGGACGAAUCGCAGAAGGCGAGAUCGCCAGAACGGAGUUCGAGCAGGCGCGCAAGGCAGUGCCCAGCACCCGACUCAAUAGCAUUCCAUGCAAAGAGGAAGAUGUUCUCGCAGUCGCCUCGGCCAUGCUUGCUGGCGAACUAGAGUAUCGCAAGGGAAACAUUGACUUGUCGUUCUCGCUCCUUCGGGAAGCCAUUCUCCGCGAGGAUGGUCUUGCAUAUUCCGACCCACCUCCUUGGAUGCAGCCCGUUCGCCACGCUCUUGGCGGCUUACUCCUCGAACAAGGUCGCGUUGAGGAGGCAGAAGCACUUUUCAAGGAGGACCUGGGAUUCGCUUUGGACUACCCGCGACGGAGAGCAAAGCUAAACAACAUUUGGGGAUUGCAUGGUCUGCAUGAAUGUUUUACUCGCCUUGGAAAGACUGCUGAGGCGGGUUUCAUUCAACCUACCUACGAUAUUGCCCUCGCUUCAGCUGAUGUUCCCGUAAAAGCAUCUUGUUUCUGUCGGAUUUCAGCUGUCAGAGGAGACAGCUGUUGCUGA